GAAAACUGUCACUAAGCUACCAACAAUGAGUAACGAAAGCUGCUCGAGUUCGAUAGUUAGCGAACCCGAACAAGCAGAGGUCAAUCACUUCAUCCCGGAUGCGGAAAGCCAACUGCUGCGAACCUUUCGUAAAUCGCUGGAAAAUAGCGCCUACCUGCGGAAGGCUCGCUGUGAGAUGCGCAAGAAAGUUCUAGAAACCAUUCAGGCAUCGGAAGAAAGCAAUCUGUUCACGAUUGGCCGCGGACAGCCACCCCGAGCGGUUCAGCUGAUCAACCAACUGAUCCUGGAGUACUUCGACUGGUACAAUCUGCAGUACAGUGGAGAAAUGUUCUCGGUGGAAUCGGAAACUCCCCGGAUGGCUGCCGCGGUUCGCCGGCAAACCCUGGUGGCCUCGCUGUGUCCUCGCCUCGAUGAACCCCUUCAGUUCCAGUCCGAUCUGCCCGUGCUGGCCGAGUUGGUUAUGAAGAUGGCCGUCGAGGAGAAAAACCACUCGCCAGCAGUGGAGUCGUCGCCGUGAUGCUCGUUGGCAGUGUUUACAAACACACGUCACACACAGUCAAUAGGACCGAGUCCCGGAUCGUUGCAGUCUAGGUCUAGUCGUCGAAAAGGCCAUCAAACAGCAGCAGCCAGCGGAGGAGGGGAAAGUAAACAUAG